AUGCUAGAUUCGGUGGAAUGGAUACAGGAGUUGAGAGAGCGGAAUCACACAAAGUACUCCGCAAAUAAUGUUAUUUAUCCACUAGCGUUCCAAGCCAAUGGCAUCCGAAUGACUUUUGUUCUUGGGUGUGAUCGCUCAGAACUCAGCGAUAUACUAUUGUGGCAUCUAGUAUUGGGUUCAGUUUUAGAUCACUGGCUAGAAAAUGAAGCCGAUGCCAUCGAAGCGAGGGAUAUGAAAUUCAAGGGUCUGAAGGCAGAUUCGGACAAUCUACAAUCUCGCGGCCUAAUCGUACAAAAGCGCAAUUUCCUCAACCCUGACAGACAUAAAUUAUCCAGGAUGAAACUAUCCGGAGCAGCCGUUCUCGCCCUUCUUGCAUCUUCUACAACAGCUGCGAGCUGGAACUGCCACAGCUCGGGCGGUGGUGGCCACCAAACGCUGUUACAGCUCCACGGCCAGUUCAACAGGCUAUUUGGAAACUCGAAACUCCAUAUCGCAAGUGACCAAUGCUAUUACGCUAAAUGCUACAGGCACUACUUUGGAGUUUGCAACCGCGCCUCCUACACUAAAUGGGAAAAAUCAGGGGACCGGAAUAUUGCGAAGAAUGCCAAUCCUGGAGGAGGUUCUAGCUGCGCAAUAUCUCCGAGUCCCGUUCAGGAACCUUACCUAGUCUAUAUUUUCAGUCAUGAAAAAGACAUUUCUAUCGGCGGCAGAAAGAACGACAUCAGGUAUUGCUAA